ACACACACACAUAUGCAUUCAGUCUGUCGCUCUCACAGAUACCAUUAGCACGACUCUGAGGUUGAAAAAGAAAGCUAUAGAUAAAGUCAGAAAGAGAAAAAGCAAAAAACAACAAACAAAGAGGAAUUAAGACGAGGAGGAAGCAACCUGUAGAAAACAAACAGCAUACUCUUCCUCAAACUGAAGCAUGCAGAAGCAGUGGGUGUGUGUGGCUUUUAUAGCCCUCCUGGUUGUCACAGAGACGCUGGCAGAUGGUGGGAAAAUGGAGAAACAAGGUAAGAAAGAGCGUAAAUCGGAUUGUGGUGAGUGGCAGUGGAGCGUGUGUGUGGCUAAUGAGGGUGACUGUGGUCUGGGCACUAGAGAGGGAACACGCACCGGCACUGACUGUAAACAGACCAUCAGAACCCAGCGCUGCAAAAUUCCCUGCAACUGGAAAAAACAGUUUGGAGGCGAAUGUAAGUAUGAUUUCCAGGAAUGGGGGGAAUGUGAUUCCACCACGGGAAUGAAGACACGCACCGGCGCGCUGAAGCGAGCGCUGAUGGACGCAAACUGCCCGAAUACAGUCAGCGCCACCAAACCCUGCGGCAAACCCAAGACCAAGCUGCAUGAUUUACGGAAACCAAAACGAGACGGAAAGAAAAAGGAACAGAGCCAGACAGACUGAGACGAGAGGAGCGGAUCGUUCUCCCUCAGGCAGAGAUACAGAGGGUGGAUAUAUCUGCCUUCAUGAGAGGAAGAAAUGAUUUUUUCUGUCUAACAGAAGAUUUUAAAAUCUUUUAUAGUUUUCAUUUACAUCUUGCUGAAUAAUGGAAAAAAUAUGUAAGGAAUACAAAUGAAUGUGCUAAAAUAUUGUGCUUAACCUUCUAAUGCUGUUCCAGGCCUUCAGGGCCGGACAUUUAAAUAAAGCUUCUUGUUUAAAGGGAAAAUUAUUUACUCACCUUCAUGUCAUUCCAAACCUGUAUGACUUUCAGAAAAGACAUUUUGAAGAAUGUUUACGCUGCUUUUUUUGUCCAUACAAUGUAAGGAGAAUGGACGCUAUCAAGCUCCAAAAAGGACAAAAAUCAUCAUACAAGUACCAUAAAGUACCAUACAAUAGUUGUGUGUGAGGUUUACACUAGUAAAUAUGUUCAUUCUUGAUAUAAAAAAUGGUCUGUCAUUUACUCCUGUUCAAAACGCAAUUACAGAUAUCUAUAAUUAUUUCUUACUGGUUAAAAUUACAAAUACACAUAUCAGCAAUGCACUUCUUACUAGUAAAAAUUAUAUUUAUAUAAAUAAUUACAUUGUUGCUUGUGCAAAUGUCCAUUCCUGGUAGUAAAAAUGCUCAUUUUAUUUAUAUUGGUAAUUUGGUUUUCACUAGUAGAUAUCUUUUUCCAGAUAUCUAAUACAUGUUGAAAAUGCAUUUACAAAUGACAAAAAUUAGCAUUUUUACUAGUUUAAUUCCAUUGUUGAUGUCAAGAAUGGAUAUUUGAACUAGUAACUUUUUGACUUUAUUUGAUAUAAAUUUUAACACUCAAUUAUUUAUUUAUUUUUUAUUUUAUCACCCUAUAACGCCACCUGUAUCAAAUUUGAUACACUAUUUUCUAAAGCCUGUGCAUCAUUAACAUAAUCUAAAUGCGCCGAAAAUCCUGUUGUCUUUAGUGUACUAGAUGUCUGCUACCACCUGGUGGAUGUUUACGGGCAUUUCUUGAUGGAAAAACAUUUUUUUUAAUUUUUCAAAAAUGUCCGCUUUUGUAUUUCAUGCACUCGUUUUUAUUAUUAUAAUAUUUUUUUUAAUGUGAAAUCUUUGCUGAUUUUAUUAAAGUAAAAGUGACAGUAAUUAUUAUAUUAUUACUGAUAUUUUAAAAUGAGUUUUUGCUGAAUAUAAGCAACUUGUGCUUGAUUAAAAUUUUGAAUAUUAUUUUAUUGAAAAUCUCCCUUAGAAAUCCAUGUAUCAAAUAUAAUACAACAGGAUUUUGAGGAAUAUUUCUCAAUCACCAUCACAUUCAACAAAAAUUAAUUGCUGGACCUCAGGAGGAUAAUGACUUUUAAAGCCUAAUGUAUCAAAAAUUAAAAAACGUGCAAUUUGUUGUUUACGAAUUCUUUUUCAUAGUUUGUCUAAUGGUACUAAAAACACUUAAAUGUAAAAAAUAGAAUUUUCUGACAAUUCUUUCAUAUGUCAGGCUUUACAGAGUUAAACAUUACACAGUUCAAUUUGAUGGAAUAUUGGUAUGAAAUUUAAAUAUGUAAGUCUUAAAAAUAGGCCAAAAUAUGUUUAGUCUAGAACUAGUAAGAAAUAAAUAAUAGACAUGCAUUUUGAAUAGGGGUGACCGAAAGAUCAUAGUGAAAUUCUACUAGUGAAAAUGGAUGCUGGAAUAAAGCGCAAGUCAUAUAGAAUACAUUUAUGAUACUUUAAGGUGCUCUUUUGUCCUUUUUGGAGCUUGACAGCUUCCAUUCCAUUCCAUUGCACUGUGAAUUGUGUAAUAUUCCACUGAAUUCCUUCUGUUGUACAAUAAGACGGAUAAAAUACACAUUUAGAGUCAAACUAAUGCAUGCAUAAAAUUAAAUAAAGGUGGAUUUUGUAUUGACUGUUCAUAUGUAGCCAAGGGCGUAUAUAUUGGGGGGUGGCACCGUGAAGCAUUUACAUGUUUCCAUUGAUCAUGGUAGAAAUAAUGGAGGGGGGGGGUUGUACUUGCUUGUUUCCCCCCAGAAUCUACGCCCCUGUAUGUAGCUCAUGGAUGUAACUUCAUUUCCUAGUCAAUAAAACCUCUAAUUCCAUCCAUAAAUGAAAAUGAUUCAGAUGUGUGUCCUCUUGUGUGAAUGCUUAAAUUAAUAAAACACACAGAAAUAUU